ACACACAGAGGGAUGCUAUUAGCGGUAUGGUAAGCUAGCAGGGAUGGAUUAAUUUCGCCGAGCAUAUUUCUUUUAUAUAUUUAGAGCCUCACAGUGUUAUUGAUAGUCUCAGUUUCUCCUGUGUUGCAGUGGGAGCGGAAACACACACUCACACUGAAGCGCCUACGGUAGCCGCUAACUGGACGGACUCUCUGGCAAUCGACCUUUUGCAGUGGAAAAGUGGAAUAAGUCUUGAACCAUGAGCUCAGUGGCAGUGUUGACACCGGAGAGCUUUGCGGAGCAUCGCAGUGGCCUGAAGGACCAGGAGAUUACAGGCUGCGUCCCGGAGGAUGAGGCCUACAUCCCCACCUACCUGGAGGCCUUCCCCCCGCUGCCGGAGAAGGGGGCACCGGGGGACAAGGCGGGGGAGCCGGCUUCAGCGUGGGGGAGCAAGAUCAGGCCCAUCAAAGCCUCCGUCAUCACCCAGGUGUUCCACGUGCCCCUGGAGGAGCGUCGCUACAAGGACAACAGCCAGUUCGGCGAGGGCGAGGAGGCCAAAGUGUGUCUGGACAUCAUGCAGAGGACGGGGGCCCACAUCGAGCUGUCUCUUGCCAAAGACCAAGGCCUGUCCAUCAUGGUCACCGGCAAACUGGACUCUGUGAUGAAGGCUCGCAAGGAGAUCGUCGCUCGGCUGCAGACUCAGGCCUCAGCUACCGUCGCCAUCCCCAAGGAGCACCAUCGCUUUGUCAUCGGUAAGAACGGAGAGAAGCUGCAGGAGCUGGAGCUGAAGACCGCCACCAAGAUCGCUAUUCCACGACCCGACGACCCGAGCGCCAACAUCCGCAUCACCGGCACCAAGGAGGGCAUCGAGAAGGCUCGCCAUGAGAUCCUUCUGAUCUCUGCGGAACAGGACAAGCGUGCCGUGGAGCGUCUGUCCCUGGAGAAGGCCUUCCACCCCUUCAUCGCCGGCGCCCAUAACCGGCUGGUGCAGGAGCUGAGCCAAGAGACGGGCGCCCGCAUCAGCAUCCCGCCGCCGAGCCUUCCAAAGGACGAGAUCGUCAUCACGGGGGAGAAGGAGGCCGUGGCGAUGGCGCUCAACCGCAUACGAGCCAUCUACGAUGACAAGAAGAGGAAGACCACCACCAUCUCCGUGGAGGUGAAGAAGUCUCAGCAUAAGUACAUCAUCGGUCCCAAGGGAAACACCCUGCAGGAGAUCCUGGAGACCACGGGGGUGUCUGUGGAGAUGCCUCCUCUGGACUCCAGCUCAGAGACCAUCAUCCUCAGGGGGGAGCCUGACAAGCUGGGGCCGGCACUCACACAGGUUUACGCAAAGGCUAAGAGUGUGAUGGUGGUGGAGGUGACCGCUCCGGCCUGGCUGCAUCGCUUCAUCAUCGGGAAGAAAGGGCAGAACAUCGGACGGAUCACACAGCAGCUUCCCCGGGUUCACAUCGAGUUCACGGACGGUGAGGAGCGCAUCAGUCUGGAGGGGCCGACAGAGGAAGUGGAGCAGGCUCAGGCGCAGAUACAAGAGAUCAUCAAGGACCUGCUGGUGAGGAUGGACUACACUGAAGUCAUCAUCGACCAGCGUUUCCACAGACACCUCAUCGGAAAGAACGGAGCCAACAUUAAUCGGAUCAAGGAGCAGUACAAAGUUUCAGUACGAAUCCCACAGGACGCUGAGCGGAGCGGUCUGGUCCGGAUCGAGGGAGACCCUAAAGGAGUCCAGCUGGCACGCAGAGAGCUCAUUGAGAUGGUCCAGAGAAUGGAAAACGAGCGCACCAAAGACCUGAUCGUAGAGCACAAGUUUCAUCGGACAAUCAUCGGACAAAAAGGAGAAAAGAUCAAAGAAGUCCGGGACAAGUUCCCAGAGGUUAUUAUCAAUUUCCCCGACCCGGCACAGAAGAGUGACAUCGUGCAGCUGAGAGGACCGAAGAACGAGGUGGAGAAAUGUGCAAAGUUCCUCCAGAAGAUCAUCGCUGACCUGAUCGAGAACAGUUUCUCCCUCUCUGUUCCGAUCUUCAAGCAGUUUCAUAAAAACAUCAUUGGAAAAGGCGGCACCAACAUCAAAAAGAUCCGUGAAGAGACCAACACUAAGAUCGACCUGCCGACAGAGAACAGUAACUCUGAGAUGAUCGUCAUCACAGGCAAGAAGAGCAACUGUGAAGCGGCUAAAGACCGAAUCCUCGCCAUCCAGAGAGAACUGGCCAACAUUAAGGAGGCGGAGGUCACCAUCUCCUCCAAGCUUCAUAACUCCCUGAUCGGCUCCAAGGGCUGUCUCGUGCGCUCCAUCAUGGAGGACUGCGGCGGCGUCCACAUCCAUUUCCCCUCCGAGGGAUCCGGCUCGGACAAGGUCACCAUCAGAGGUCCUGCUGGAGAGGUGGAGAAGGCCAAGAAACAACUGCUGCAGCUCGCCGAGGAGAAGCAAGUCAACAACUUCACGGCUGAGCUCCAGGCCAAACCGGAGUACCAUAAGUUCCUGAUCGGCCGUGGCGGGGCAAAUAUUCGCCGCGUUCGGGACAAAACGGGGGCUCGCAUCAUUUUCCCGUCGCCGGAUGACAACGAGCAGGAGCUGAUCACCAUCGUAGGGAAGGAGGAAGCUGUUCGUCAGGCGCAGAAGGAGCUGGAAAGUCUGGUUAAAAACCUGGACGACGUGGUGGAGGACAGCAUGGUCGUGGACGUUCGCCACCACCGCCACUUCGUGUGUCGGAGAGGUCAGGUGCUGCGGGAGCUUGCCGAGGAGUACGGCGGUGUCGCUGUGAGCUUCCCUCGCACGGGGGCGAACAGCCAGCGGGUCACUCUGAAGGGAGCGAAGGACUGCGUGGACGCUGCCAAGAAACGCAUCCAGGAGAUCAUUGAGGACCUGGAGUCCCAGGUGAGCAUGGAGGUGGCGAUCCCUCAGCGCUUCCACCGUGCCAUCAUGGGGCCUAAAGGCUUUCGCAUCCAGCACAUCACCCGGGAGCACGAGGUCCAGAUCAAGUUCCCUGAGAGGGAGGACAGCACUGCAGGUCAGGAGGCUCCGUCACAGGAAAACGGUGAGGUCAGUCCAGAGGCCGAGUUCAUCCCCCGCAAAUGUGACAUCAUCACCAUCUCUGGGCGUGCAGAGAAAUGUGAACUGGCUAAAGCCGCCCUGCUGGCACUGGUGCCGAUAACGGAGGAUGUGGAAGUGUCCUAUGAGCUGCAUCGCUACAUCAUUGGACAGAAGGGCAGCGGGAUCAGGAAGAUGAUGGAGGAGUAUGAGGUGAACAUCUGGGUGCCACAGCCAGAGAAGCAGCUGGACGUGAUCAAGGUGACGGGCCUGGUAGCUAAUGUGGAGCGAGCGAAGCAGGGUCUGCUGGAGAGGGUGAAGGAACUUCAGGCUGAGCAGGAGGACAGGGCUCUGAGAAGCUUCAAGGUCACAAUGUCUGUAGAUCCAAAGUUUCAUCCCAAGAUCAUCGGCCGCAAGGGAGCAGUCAUCUCUCAGAUCAGGAAGGACCACGACGUCAGCAUCCAGUUCCCUGACAAAGGAGACGAGCAGCAGGAUCUGAUCGUGAUCUCGGGGUAUGAGCGUAACGUGGAGGAGGCGCGUCAGGCCAUCCAACAGCUGGUAGCCGAGCUGCAGGAGAUGGUGAGCCAAGACGUUCACCUGGACCCGAGGACGCACGCCCGCAUCAUCGGAGCCCGAGGAAAAGCUAUCCGCAAGCUGAUGGAGGAGUUCAAGGUGGAUAUCCGGUUCCCUCAGCCCGGCUCCGAUGAGCCCGACAAAGUGACGGUUACAGGUCUUCCAGAGACUGUCGACAACGCGAUUGACCACCUACUCAACCUGGAGGAGGAAUACAUGCUCAGUGUGACGGAGACGGAGACCUUGGCGGCAUACAUGAAGCCUCCGUCUCGAUACGGAGGAGGAGGCGGAGCUGGAGGACUGGAUGAUAGCAGCGGGGGUCCAGCGAAGGGCUUUGUGGUUCGAGACGCGCCCUGGAACGCGUCAGGGAACAAGGCUCCUGACAUGAGCAGCGCUGAGGAUUUCCCAACCUUCGGGACAGGCGUGGCGCCGAAGCAAGCGUCCGCCUGGGGUCCCAAAAAAUUCUGAAGCUGCUCUUCUGAAGGAAAAAAAAAAAAAAAAAACUUCUGUAAAGUAGAUGACGAGAGAUGAAACAAAUCUCUUAAUCAAAUUGCUGCUCGCCUUCCUCCCUCCUCCUCUUCUUGUUAGUGACCUUCCCUCACCUCUCCCUGUAAACCCCUUUGUACCGUCCUCCCAAAACCAGCCGCAAUGAAUUCUGGGAGAAGAAUCCCUUUUUUUUUUUUUGUCUCUUCUGUUUUACCUCCUAGUCCCUCCUCCUCAAUUUCGGAGAGAAAAAAAAAAAGAACAUUUGAAUGCUGUCUUUAUAGUUCUGCUGUCCCGCUCUGCCUCUUUUUUGCACCGACACUUGCUGGUGGUCUCGAUGACAUUUUUUAAAAUCUGUCUCCCAUUUUUCACCAUUGACUGCUAAACUCUCCACAAAACAAUCAAACUACCACCUCACUUGCAAUACAUAAGAAAUAAGAUUGUUAUACAAGUCGUAAAGGAGGGAGUGUACAAGCUACGAUGGAUGGAGUGUGUAUUUUUAAAAACAGAAAAUGAGGGAGUUUUAAUGUGAAAGAAGAGUUUUUAAACAUUUCAUCUUUUAAUGUUCUGUCCCUGUGGUUUUUACAUGGAGGUUUCUUAUUGGCUCAUCUUUCGGGUCAACAAUGUGGGGCAGCAGAUGAGGCAAUGAGCUGUGUGUGUGUGUGUGUGUGUGUGUGAGAGAGUGAGAGAGUGUGUUUGUGGGUUCAGGAGAGGUUUUUCACCCACAAUUGUCUGUAACCCCUCUUCCCCCUUCUUCAAAUUUUGUUUGGAGCUGGGAGCUAAAAACAGCUGCUGUAUUCGACUAUCUGGACAUUCUUUUUUUAUUGUAAUGAAGCAAAAGACGUGGAAGUUAGUUUGUAAAGAAGGUUGUUUAACUAUUUAUUUUGAAAAGGAGCCAUUUUCUUUGAACUACUGUGACCAUGCAUUUUUAUAAAAGCACCCACUGUAGCUUGAUGCUUUAGUUUGGGAGUGAAUGCUGUUUGUCGGGGUUUGGGAACAUGUCAACAGUUGUUAUGUGUAAGUGUACAAAGAACUUUUCGCUAUUUUUUUAAAACUGUGUCAGAUUCUUUUUUUGUUGUUGUUGGUUUCAGGCAUAUUUGGAAGAUUGUGUGUGUGUGUGUGUGUGCGCGCGUGCAGAAGUUAAGCUGUAUAUUUGAAUGAAGCUGAACCAAACUUUGA